GGCGCCGCUGCCAGCGCUGCCGCCGCGACCCGUUAGAGCGGAAGCGCUGCCGCCGCCUCAGCCGCAGUUGCCUUCGCUGUCCUGGGGUCCCUGGGUCCCGGCAGGUGGAGGCUGGAGCCAUGUCGAAGCGGCUCCGGAGCAGCGACGUGUGUGCUGACUGCAGUGGGCCGGAUCCUUCCUGGGCAUCAGUAAAUAGGGGAACUUUUAUAUGUGACGAGUGUUGCAGCGUUCAUCGGAGUCUAGGGCGUCAUAUCUCCCAAGUAAGGCAUCUUAAACACACGCCGUGGCCUCCAACACUGCUUCAGAUGGUUGAGACCUUGUAUAACAAUGGUGCUAACUCUAUAUGGGAGCAUUCUUUGCUGGACCCUGCCUCUAUUAUGAGUGGAAGACGUAAAGCUAAUCCACAGGAUAAAGUACAUCCCAAUAAAGCAGAAUUCAUCAGAGCCAAGUAUCAGAUGUUAGCAUUUGUCCACCGCUUGCCCUGCCGUGAUGAUGAUAGUGUGACUGCCAAAGACCUUAGUAAGCAACUUCAUUCAAGCGUGAGAACAGGGAAUCUUGAAACCUGUCUGAGACUGCUAUCUUUAGGAGCCCAGGCCAACUUCUUUCAUCCUGAAAAAGGAAACACCCCACUCCAUGUCGCUUCAAAAGCAGGACAGAUUUUACAAGCUGAGUUGUUGGCAGUAUAUGGCGCUGACCCAGGCACCCAGGAUUCUAGUGGGAAAACUCCUGUUGAUUAUGCAAGGCAAGGAGGGCACCAUGAACUGGCAGAGCGCCUUGUAGAAAUACAGUAUGAGCUGACUGACAGACUGGCCUUCUAUCUCUGUGGCAGGAAACCAGAUCACAAAAAUGGACAGCACUUUAUAAUACCUCAAAUGGCAGACAGCAGCCUGGAUUUGUCUGAAUUGGCAAAAGCUGCUAAGAAGAAACUUCAGUCUCUAAAUAAUCAUUUGUUUGAAGAACUUGCCAUGGAUGUUUACGAUGAAGUUGACAGGCGAGAGACUGAUGCAGUCUGGCUUGCCACGCAAAACCACAGCACCCUGGUAACUGAGACAACCGUCGUCCCCUUUCUUCCGGUCAAUCCUGAGUACUCAUCAACACGAAACCAGGGCAGACAGAAAUUAGCUCGAUUUAAUGCCCAUGAGUUUGCUACGCUGGUCAUCGACAUCCUCAGUGACGCCAAGAGGAGACAGCAGGGCAGUCCUCUCUCCAGUUCAAAAGACAAUGUGGAGCUCAUACUGAAAACAAUCAAUAACCAGCACAGUAUUGAGAGUCAAGAUAAUGACCAGCCGGACUAUGACAGUGUGGCAUCAGAUGAAGACACCGAUUUGGAGAGCACAGCAAGCAAGGCAAACAGACAAAAGAGCCUAGAUUCAGAUUUAUCAGAUGGACCAGUCACUGUGCAGGAAUUUAUGGAGGUCAAAAACGCCCUAGUGGCUUCUGAGGCCAAGAUACAACAGCUAAUGAAGGUGAAUAACAACUUGAGUGACGAGCUGAGAAUUAUGCAGAAAAAGCUUCAAACACUCCAGAGUGAGAACUCGAGCCUCAGGAAACAGGCCACAACCAAUGUCUAUCAAGUGCAGACUGGUUCUGAGUACCCAGACACUUCCAACCACUCCUCCUUAAAGCGACGUCCAUCUGCCCGGGGCAGUAGGCCCAUGUCCAUGUAUGAGACGGGAUCAGGUCAGAAACCAUAUCUCCCAAUAGGAGAAGCAAACCAUCCUGAGGAAAGCAGGACAAGACUCCAGCCCUUCCCUGCACACAUUGGGAGGAGUGCACUUGUGACCUCCUCUUCGUCUCUGCCUUCCUUCCCCUCCACACUUUCCUGGUCGAGGGAUGAGAGCGCCCGAAGGGCUUCCAGGCUGGAGAAGCAGAACAGCACACCUGAAAGUGACUAUGACAACACUCCCAAUGACCUGGAGCCAGAUGACAUGGGGUCAAGCCGGAAGGGAAGGCAACGGAGCAUGGUAUGGCCAGGUGAUUGCUCAGUGCCAGACUUGGCAGAACCCCAUAUAAGCCCCAUGCUCCCCAGCACUGAAGAUGUCAUCCGGAAAACUGAACAGAUCACCAAAAACAUACAGGAGCUCCUAAGAGCAGCCCAGGAAAACAAGCAUGACAGCUAUACUCCCUGCUCUGAGAGGAUACAUGGCGCUGUUACAGAAAUGGCAGUCUUGUUCCCCAAAAAACCCAAAUCUGACACGGUGAGGACUUCCCUUCGUUUACUGACAUCCAGUGCCUACCGGCUCCAGUCAGAGUGCAAGAAGGCCCUCCCAGGGGAAUCUGGCUCACCCACAGACGUGCAGCUGGUCACCCAGCAGGUCAUCCAGUGUGCAUACGACAUUGCCAAGGCGGCCAAACAGCUGGUCACCAUCACCACCAAAGAGAGCAACAGCUGAACACCGGGGUGCUGUCCCUUCUAUUUUCUAGGCUUUUUUAAGUCCGACUUCAAAUUUCAACAUGGAACUCUUCAGAUUUUUACAAGAACAAGCAUUUAAUGACAAUUUAAGAAAACUUUUUAAGAGAAAACUCAGUAUUAUUUUUGCAUGUUUUCUAACAAAUUUUCAACUAUUAAUUUAACCCACUUGCCUUAUUUUGUGCCUGUUUUCCAGUUAAGUUCCUGGAGUUGUAUUGUCAGCAAGUGUUGAGAUCAUGAGCAUAUACAUUCAGAAAUAGUUCCAUCGCUCAGAGUUUGUUAAACUUUCCCAUCCCUUAAAACUUCCAGUGUAUGUGUAAAACUAUAAGUGGGAUUUUUACUAAACAUUUUCUUGACAAAGUUGGAUUUAAAAAAAAACAACAUUAUCUUUUCUCUAACAAGCAUCGUGCAAUAAGUGAAUUUUCCAACCUACUGCAAAAUCUCUUUAAGUUUGGGGUAUCUCCAAGCAUGUAUGUAGAGAAAGGACUUUGCCACUUUCUAAAAAUAGUAUAACCACCUCUCGAGAGGAAACAAGGAAUUGUUCCAUUUUGUAUCAUGUUAAGUGUUCUAUUAUUUAACUUUUUAAAAAAUCUUGGUUUUUCUAUCUGUUCAUAUUUUACCCUUUUCCUGAAAUUUCCCUAGAGUCUGUAAAGCUUUUGUCACAUCAUGUCCCAUUUGACCGUAUUCAGGGCAGGAGCACAACCCAUCUAUCCACUGUCAAGGGUUCUGCCCACUGUCUGCCCCAAACCGGACAAUUCCGUCAGUCUAUCCAUAGCAGAUCUCUAUUACCCAUUCAUUCACAUACUACUGCCAUAAACUGACAUUGUAUUGUACCUUUCAUCCAAACACCUUUGACCACUUACAGCUUCCUCAUGUGAGCUGCUUUUUGCUUGUCUCCUCAUCUGUAAGGACCUCUUCCAAGGUAAGAGACAGUCAUCUGAGUUUAUCUUUAUCUAACUUUAUCUCCUUCUUCCCCCUAUUCCUUCCCAUACCCUUCUGGUACUUAGGAAUUACACAUCAACUUUCAAGAAUUCCUGGAAUGCCCUAAUGGUGUGUGUGUAGCAUGCAUAAAGCCGUGGGUUCCAUCCCCAACACUGCAGGAAAAUAAAAAAAAAAAAUGGUUAGGGGUAGGUAAACUGUGAAAGAGCAGAGGUUGACUGUGUGCAGACUUAUUUAAUUUAGCCAAAGGCCCUUUCUUGUUCUGAAUGUUAGGCACAUUCCUGUCCCUGCUUAUUGCAGUAGCUUUGUAUAGCUAUAACUCAGUCCCUGACCUGGUUGACCAGAUAAUGUGCAGAAAUGAAGUGAGCCAAACACAUAGCACAGGCACAGAAAGCAGUGCAGCAACUCCCCCACUCCUUUCAUUGGUAGAAAAACGUCUCUGGGGUUGCCAGUGCUUUGUUUUUUGUUGUUCUGUUGUUGUUGUUUUUUUCUUCCCAAAUGACAGCAGUAAUCUGGACACUUUUGGUGUUAUCUUUUUAGUUAGAAAUGUUUGCAGCCAGUCUGGAUAUGGCCAUAGAACAGGCACAGGUAAGCCAUGGCCUGUGGGCCUCACAGCCUCUGUUGUGGCCUACAUAAGCUGGUCAGUACCAGGGCCUGGCUUCCUCUGAAGUUACUGUCAGCUCUCUCUUUACCUAUAGAUUUUAGUCUUUGUGAAGAAGUCAAAGUGAGGAGUACUUGUCACCUCACUGUAUGCAAAUGAGCCUUUUUUUUUUUUCACAAAACUGACUUGUAAAACACUCCUAUAGCUUAACUGCUGUUGUGAAAGUAGCACCAAACUGUGGUGUCGAGUUUAUUGAGUUGUGGUGUAUGGAUACUCCUGCCAGUUUGGCUACACGGGAGGUAGUGUGGGAAAGUCCCAUAUCCCCUGAAGUCUUGUCCACUUACCUGUCCUCACAGCCCCAAGUGCCACAUCACUCCUAGAAGAUGCUUUCUACAAGGGUGUCCUACCUUAAGCUCAAGCACUAUCUGAUAACCUUUUCUGCAUGCUUCAUGAACCUGCUUUGCUUUCUAUCAGGCUCGUUGGGGUUCCUGGGGAAAGCCCAGGGGCAAUCCUAGCCUCUAGGGGAGGAAGAGGCUUCUGGGAAAAGGUAAAGCAGUCUUUCCUGAACACUAGAACCUGCUACAGUAUGUCAUUGUGCCCUGAGAAAAAAAUCAAAGCACAUAGGGAUCACAGACUUUCCAGCAUGAGAAUACAGUUUUCUUGGUUAACUCACAAGUCCAAACCCCAGGCCGAAGUUCCCAUGUGGAGUGACAAGCAGUGGCAAGAGGGGUGAGAGUCCUUUGGGCCCUGCAUGGUUCUGUAGCAUAUUCUGAAGCUGGGCUCAGAACUUGUCUGAACAUUUGUCUUGGCCACCCUUGCACAGGGAUUCCAUAGCCUUGUACAAGCCAGCUCUACAUCCUGUCAGAUUUUUUAAAACACUUUAUUCUUGAUUCUCCAUUCCUGCCACAUGACUUGCUCUCUAAGCUGAUAGGACAGAGGUGCACUUUAUGAACUGACACUGGGCCCCACGCUCCUUUCCCCAAAAUCAUCUUCCAUCUCGGAAUACAGAUAGUUCUAAUUUGCCAAAGAACAGUGGAUUGGGCCCAAAGAUCAAGUAUAGUAUUUAUGCAAUUGGAACUGUAAACGCACAAGUCAGCAGCUUCACUCACAGAACUGAGAGCGGAACUAGCAUGUUUUCAUCCUUGACACCAGUCUUCCUUUUCUUCCUUGUCCUGGUUGAAGGCAAUCCUUGUUCUUACAAAAGAAAAUGCUGCAUAGGAAAAAAUGAGAUGCCUUUUAUUCAAACGUGUUUAUCUGUGUCACUCAUUAUUCUGUACUUAUCUCUCAUUUUUAUUGUACAUCCUAUUCCUGUAACUAUUGUACCCUGUGUUGUAAAAUCGUUUUGGAAUUUAUGCCUCCUAGUUAUGCAAUAAACAGGCUCUGUAAGUGUCA